UCUCUAAUAUCUCGACUGGUUUUUGCAAUUUUGUACAUCACUGCGUUACCGAGUAUUUACCGCAUGGUACGACUCAAUGGCAAUACGCAACAUCAUAUUCGUUGAACGAGAUUCCUAGUUAUCACGUUAUUCAUGAAUUACAUGAAGGGACUACCUACAUAAUAAAAAACACGAUUCCUUACGAGGAUAACGCGGUGGAUCUAUUUAAGUGGGCUACGACGUUAGAACGAGAUAUCGAAUACGUUCCAGUCAUUACGGUUGUCAAGGUAACUCAUUAUUCGAUAGCGAUUGAAUGGACUGCGCCUCCACCGGAACUGGAAGGUUAUAUCAGCCUCUACAAUGCUUGGAUUCAAGAUAAAUUUCGUAUUGGCGUGAAGCGGACAGAAAAAGCAUCGGUGUUGAGUCACGUUUUUCGUGGACUAUAUUGGUUUAAAACCUAUGAUAUCCAAGUAGAAGCUUGUUCAAUUGACGAAUGUCGAAAUAAGUACCCAAGCACCACUGUGACUGGUGUAGCUCUGGAUGUUGCAGAUGAUGUGAACCCAGCGUUCACCCCGAAUGUCUCUGUGCACGAAUCGACGAACGAUUCAAUAACUAUCAUGUGGAACGCACCCGAAGAUUCGUACAAGGGUCCAGCCAUUCAUUACUACCAUCCAAUAUUGUCUGCACCGUAUUAUGCGGAUAAUUCAGUAUUUCUAAAUGUAACCACAAACUUUUACACAUUUGUAAAACUGAGGCAGGACGUUGAGUUUCAAGUUCAGGUGGCAGCCUGUGGGAAGUACAGAAUGAAUUGUGGUGAUCCGAGUGUUCCGAUCAAAGUUCGAAUGCCAGGUGUUCCAGUGUUGCUAAAAAAUACUCAAAAUGACGGGAACAUGAUUCAAGUUGGAAUAUGGCUUAUUGCCUCGGCACUGAUACUCAUUAUCGUCAUGAGCAUAUUGGCUGCCUGGAAACUUCGGAAACAGAGUAUGAAACGAAAAUUGAUCAAAGCGAGACUCGACUACUUCAAUAACGGAAAUUCAGUGACUUUGAAUCCAGAUGUGGCUGUGAGUGAUCAGGCUGAAUUACUGCCGUACUUGAAGAAAUACGAGUUCCCUCGAAGUCUGCUUACACUGGGUGACAUACUGGGAAGCGGGGCAUUCGGAGUGGUGAGAAAAGGACAGGCGAAGACCAUUCGCGGUCGGGAAGUUGUGACGACAGUCGCUGUAAAGACGGUCCGAGCGACAGCCAGUCUGGACUGCAUGACAGCCCUUCUUAGAGAACUCAGGAUCCUCUGCUACCUCGGUGAACAUUUGAACCUCGUCAGUCUUCUCGGUGCCUGCACGAAAAAUCUAGAAUACGGCCAGCUGUUCGUCAUCGUAGAAUUCUGUCGUUUCGGAAAUCUACAUGACUACUUGUUGCGUCAUCGACGUCGCUUUGUGAAUCAAUUGGAUGCCGAUACUGGAGAGAUCCGUGAUCAAAACCAAGUUGGAGAUGUGAUCGAACCCAACGAUCAGAGUGAAGGAUCAGGGCCACGGUGCAAUGAAAAUCUAGAGAUAGGCGAAUCCAGUGAUGGCAGUGAUUCUAGCUGCGUAGGUGUGACGGCAGACGGCGUCGUGACUGACACGGAAUCGGAGAAACCAAAGCUGAGAUUGAGAUACCUGGGCGAUUACACCGGAAUCGAUACAGAUCCGAUACGCACGCGAGACUUGGUGUGUUGGGCUUGGCAAAUUUCACGUGGCAUGCAGUAUCUCAGUGCAAAGAAGAUAUUGCACGGGGACUUGGCGGCCAGAAACAUUCUCCUCUCGGAUAAUAAUGUUGUAAAAAUAUGCGACUUUGGCCUGUCGAAGUCUCUCCGUGACGAAGAGAACUUUAAGAACAACGAGGGUGGUCCCCUUCCGGUGAAGUGGAUGGCUAUCGAGUCUCUCAGAGAUCGAGUAUUUUCAACGAAAUCGGAUGUUUGGUCCUACGGAGUCGUCUUGUGGGAACUCUUCUCACUUGGCAAUACUCCGUAUCACGGGAUAAGGCCGCACGAUAUGUGCCAAACUCUGAUCGACGGUUAUCGUAUGGAGCGACCGGAGUACGCGCCUCAGAGUUUAUACGAUUUAAUGUCAAGCUGCUGGAAGGAGGAACCAUCGGAACGACCUUCGUUCGAAUCUCUCGCCUGGAAAGUUGCUGAGAUGAUAGACGAGCACGUGAAAUCGUAUUAUCUUGACUUGGGCAAUCCUUACACUGAGAUGUACGCUGAUGCCUGGAAACGUGAGAGGGAGACCGUGAUGCACGGUGAUGAACCUGCUGUCUGUGAAGAGACUCGGCUUUGAACGUAACCGUAAUGUCACCGUAAACGCCUUCCCUGCCGAAAAUGUUCAUGUGAUGAUUCAUAAGAUGUUACAACUGAAAUCAUUGUGUAAUUCAUCACAAGAUUUAUCUUGUAAAUUCGAGAAAAAUAUAUACAAAAUCACGUAAUAAAUUACAAAAGCACGAAUCACGAAAUAUGCUAUAUCAAAAAUUAUUAUGAUUCGUGUUUUCGUGAUGCAUUACGUCAUUUUUAUACAUUUUCCUCUAAUUUACAAGAUGUAUUAUAUAAUAAAUUACACGUCAAUUUCAGUCAUAGCAUUAUAUGAUUCAAGACAUGGUCAUUUUCAGUAGGUUUACUAGUUCAUGAUUAAUCAGAUUGACUCCAUCAUCACUUCACUAACUGAUCAAAAGGAGCUAUCUGAAGAAUUUUGGGUAACAUGGUACAAGUUAAGAAAUUAGAAAUAAUUACGUUUGAACUUUUUGAAAAAAUUCUUAUGAUAGAAGAAUUUUAAUGCCUAAAACGUAAGAAGAUUAUACAAAAAUAAAUAAAUAAAAUAGGAAAAAGUGGUAAAACUUUGAAGAUGACUUCAACAAUGAGACGACCGUUCUACAGUACUUACCUCUGUCGCGUUACGUUGCCGACAGUAAAGCGCAUUUCGUAACAACACGUACAUUCAAAUUUGACACUGUUAUCAGUUCACAAAAUCAGUGAACUUUCAGAUUUUCUAAUAUUCAUCUAUUCAAAUCUCAAGUCUAGGUAAAAGCACGCU